AUGGGGGUUGUGCCGCGCGGUGCUAGGGUUGAGGGUGGAGACCGUGAGAGUGGAGUCUGCAAUGGAGAGGAAGGAAGGGUGGAAAAGGCGAAGGCGUGGAAGGGUGAUUUGGGGGUUCAGGUGAGGGAAGAAGUGGGUUUGGUUGGGUUCCUCUUCAAUUGGCUAGGGAGAGGUGACAAAACUGCAACAACUCAAGGAGACUGGCCAUGUCGCGGCUGGUUCGAUAGUGUAGGAUUAGUGGCGGUGAGGGGUCAGGCGCGGUGGCCCGGUGGUGGUGCGACCAUAGUGGCCCCGAGCAGUGGUUCACAGUGA